ACUUGCGGUCGCUUCAAAAUGGACUUGGCAAUCAGCUGUCCAGUCAAGUCAACACAAGUCAAAUGAGGUUUUAGUUUUGCGAACCGCAAUUCCGACUGAAAACUGUACCAGCUCUUGGAAGUGAAAAGGACCAAGUCACCUGGACAGAAUUCAGAUUCUUCAUGAGGGAGCAGUGCAGUGAAGGGCGUGUCACAAGGUUGCCCAUUUCCAUGAGCUGUUCAUACACCACUCAGACGUAAAAAUGGGGAGCAGAGAAGAUUUUACCUCUUCUGAGAGGGAAGAAUACAUCGUUGUAUUUGAGAGCUACAGUAGAGAGCAACACAAGGAGGACAUAGAAGGCAUCCUACUCAAAGAGGAGGAGAGCCAGCACUACAGUGUUCAGAUUGAUGCAAUGACCUUGUUCGAGACCAACAUGGAGGUGAGUGAACUGAUUCUGACCAGUCCUCUGAUCACCUUACCUCUCCUGGACAUCGCUCUGACCAGGGUAGCCAUGGACGUCUACAGGAACCACCCAGAGAAGGAUAACAUGAGUAUGAAGACUAACAUCCACGGUCGGUUGACAAGGUUACCUGCCUGCCCGGAGCUUGUCCGAGAACAGCUCCCAAGGAACACAGAUAUCGGCAGAUUUCUCUCUGUCUCAGGAACGGUGAUCCGCACCACACUGGUGAAGAUGUUAGAGUUUGAGAAGGAUUUCAUGUGCUCCAAAUGCAACCAUGUAUUCGGUGUAGAGGCAAACAUUGAAAGGUAUUACCAAGAGUGCAAGCCAGACCGAUGCCCCAACCCAGAAGGCAGCUGUAACUCUACCAAGUUCUCUUGUCUGUCUGGAAUGGAGAGUGGUGGGGCGCCCUCUAGCUGCCGAGACUACCAGGAGCUCAAGAUACAGGAACAGGUCCAUAAGCUCACCAUGGGAACCAUUCCCAGGUCAAUGUGGGUGGUACUGGAGGAUGACCUGGUGGAUACUUGUAAAGCUGGUGAUGACAUCACAGUCACAGGAACGGUGAUGAGGAGAUGGCAAGCUACUUACGUUGAUGCUAAAUGUGAGAUUGAUCUCGCUCUCAAGGCGAGUCAUAUCUCAGUCAAGAAUGAGCAGAGGGAGGUUCUCACAGUCACUGAGGAAAUGAGACAAGAAUUUGAAGAAUUCUGGGACAAUCACAGAUUUAAUCCAUUAUCGGGUCGUAACAUCAUCUUGGCCAGUCUAUGCCCGCAGGUUUACGGGCUCUACGUCGUCAAGCUGGCGGUGGGGAUGGUAUUAGCUGGGGGUGUGGCCAGGCGUGAUGCAACCGGUACAAGAACUCGAGGAGAAUCUCACCUCCUUCUCGUAGGUGAUCCAGGUACUGGCAAAUCUCAGUUCUUGAAGUAUGCUGCCAAGGUGGUCCCACGGUCAGUACUGACCACUGGUAUUGGGUCAACGAGUGCCGGUCUGACGGUCUCUGCGGUCAGAGACUCGGGGGAGUGGACAUUGGAGGCUGGAGCUCUGGUCUUGGCGGAUGGAGGUCUUUGCUGUAUCGAUGAGUUUAACAGCAUCCGAGAGCACGAUAGAGGCAGUAUACACGAGGCUAUGGAGCAGCAAACCAUCAGUGUGGCUAAGGCUGGUUUGGUGUGUAAGCUGAACACCCGCACCACCAUCCUGGCGGCGACGAACCCAAAGGGUAAAUACGACCCAGGGGAAUCGAUCAGUGUAAACAUCGCCCUCGCCAGUCCUCUGUUGAGUCGUUUUGACAUCGUUCUGGUCCUCCUUGACUCCCAGAAUGAGGACUGGGACAGAGUGGUGUCGUCCUUUAUCUUGGAAGGGAAGGCACCAGCCCCAGAAGGUGCUCCUGCGAGUGACCUGUGGAGCAUUGAGAAGAUGCAGACGUAUCUGAGCAUCAUCAAGACAAUCGACCCUGUCCUGACUCCGCAGGCUAACAUAGUAUUGUCCCGCUACUACCAGGCCCAGCGACAGGCCGACAUGAGGAACGCAGCCAGGACUACCAUCCGUCUCCUGGAGAGCAUGGUGCGGCUUGCUCAGGCUCACGCCAGGCUCAUGUGCCAGACGGAGGUCAGGGUUCAAGAUGCGGUGGUCGCAGUCAGCGUCAUGGAGUCCUCCAUGCAGGGAGCUGCUCUCCUAGGAGGGGUCAACGCACUUCAUACAUCCUUCCCUGAUGACCCUGAGGAUGAAUAUCAUAAACAAUCAUCGUUGAUUCUGUCUCACCUUGGCUUGGAGCAUCUUCUGGACGAGGAGAUGGAGAAGAUGGAGAAUCUAGCACGAGAGAGAAUUCAAUCAGAGGAGGAGGAGAAGGAGACGGAGAAGGAAGCCAUUGCGAACGAAACCCUGAAUCCAUUUGACGAUACCUUAGAUACAACAGACAGGGAUCCGAUCCUCGACGGCAGUGGGGUGGAGGGUGAAUCAAGGAGCAUUGUUGUACCAGGCACGCAGGAGAGUCAGCAGGGGCGUGAUAGAUCUUUGACCAAGAGACUACAGUCAGAGACUAGGAAGUCUCGGACUGACAUGGGUCAAAGGUCACAAGACGAUGACAGUGUGGACAGAGUAAACGGAGGUAAAGAGGUUGGCACGCGGAAGAGUCUGGAUGAACUACCUGGAAACAGCAGGACUGCUUCUACUGCUGAGACUGGGAGGUUUAGUCUUGGGGUGGAUGAGGACGAUGAUGGGGAUGUUGUCAUGGCAACCAUAUCCAGCCAGAACAGUAUGAUGAAUUCGAGCCGUGAUGACAGUAGGAAUCUUGAAAAUGACAAUAAAGAGAAAACUCAAGAAGACUCGGAUGUUCAAAUUGAUGUGCCUUCAGUUAGAAAGAACCUGGGAGAUGAAGGGAGAGACCAACAGAAAAGGAAGAGAAAACGAAUGCUUUCAAAUAGCAGUAGGGAAAGUUUACUUGUACAUGAGGACAGAGGAGAGAAAAGAAAAAAAGUGAAUGGCAGUAGAGUAUCUAAAGAUGGUGAAGGAAGCCUGCAAGGAAAGAAAAAUGGAUCGUCAUCGUCAUCGUCUUCAUCAUCAAGUAAUAAUGAUUGUGGAAAUUCCCUUGGAGUGGUAUCGGAAGGCCAUAGAAUAAGCAGAAGUGAUUCUCAAGAUGAAGAUGACUUCACUGACAAUGGUAAUGAUUCUACCAUGAACAGCACAAGUGCUUCGUUGGUGGACGGUUUCAGAAGCAGGUGUAGUGAUAGGGGAUGGGCAAGAACAAGUGAAGAAAAAAACAAGGCUUUGACAAAGAAUCCUGUCAGAGCAAUAGACAAGCCGAAAGAGAAUUUUCCCACAGAUUCAAGUCAUAGAGAGGGACACAGAGAGGGACACAGAAGUGGCAAAACGAGGAAGUCUAGAAUUGUUAAUCCAGGGACAGAUGAUUCAAGUCUAGAUCUUGAUACAUUUGAGGAUGAUAGUUGUAGUAAGCAGGGAGAUGAGCACCGGAGGAGGAGAGCAAAACAGUCAGAACAUGGCGAUGGGCAGUCUGGACAAACUGCUCAGAAACCCUCCUCCCUCACAAUACCUUUAUCCAAAACAAAACAGAAAGAAAAUGGUGACGAGCAGUCUAGAAAGGAUGUUCAAAAAUCCAUGUCUAUCUCGUCAUCUUCAUCCGUGUCGGACUCAUCACCGCUUUCCUCUGGAGGGCGACGCCCCGCACUGACAACGAUCAACAAACUCAAGAGCUUUACGUUCUCCCCACCGCCUGCUAAACCUGACAAAGAAGUGUCCAAACCCAGCGCCUCUACGGACAAGGCUCCAAGGAAACCUGGUAGUGACAGUGAUGCUAACAAGGACAAAGCUGGUGUCCAGAACUCGGGAGUGAUAGGCAAAGCAAAUGCUGCCUCUAGGACUGACAGGUCGAAACUCAACAGUCAUGCCCCUGGAACCUUCUUCACCACUGGGGAUGAUAUAGAAUCAUUCGAGUUUGAUUUGGAUACAUCUCUUUAGAUGAAGCCAUGUUUGAGAAAUCUAUGAUGUCUGUAGUCACGCCUGAGGAAACUUUUAGGGAAAGACAAGGGAGGGACAUAGUCCUCCUUUUACAU